GAAUGUUGGACGGAGGGAGAUGUCAGCAACUGGUUGGCUUCAAUUGGGUUAAAAGAGGAAUAUAUAACUAAACUCCAUGAAGAAGAAGCUACAGGAGCAGUGCUGAAAAUCCUCAGCGAACAUGAUCUAGAAAAAAUGGGAAUGAAAUACUUUCAAAGACAACUUUUACUCAGGAACAGAGAUAAACUUUUAACACCAACAGCAGGAAAAGAGAUUCAAAGAAAAUCACCAACCAGGGAGGGCAAACCAGACCAAAAACCUGAAAACCGGUCCAAAAGUCCCCCUGCCCACUCUAAAACAGAUGGAGAUGAUCAGAAAAAGAAAGUUCUCCAGUCCAGUCCCACCAAAAACAAUGAACAAACAUGUAAGACAAAUCGAAAUAUUCAGGGUGAGCCUGGACAAUCUUCAGGAACGUUCAGUCAGGGAGAUGUAAAUAAAUCUGAAGAAAGUCCUAAUUCAGAGAAAAGACCUGAGGAGAGCCAGCAGAAACAUACAAAACCAUGUCAGACAAAGGGAGGGCAACCAGGGAAGGGAGACAAGACUUCAGAACACAGUACUGUACCUCACAAGCAAAGCUCAAUAGACAUAAAUAUCAAAUCAGGAAAUAAAAACAAGCAGCACCCAGAAAUGUCAUUGCAGAAUAAAGAGAUUUCUAAGGACAAAUCACCAAUAUGUCAUAAUGCUCCUCAAUCAGACAAAUCACAGACACAUCCAAAGACUACAACCACCGAAGAUAAACCCAAAAACCCUAAUCCUUGUUCUACAAGUGUACCUGUACAGCCACCCGCAAAAAAGUCUGAACAACCUCAAAAAACGAAAGGCCCAACAGGAACAAAAGAACAAAUUGUAGGAGGCUUGAGUCAAAUAAAUGUAUUUUCUGAAGACAAACCUCAACAAAACACGUCAGCCUCUCCUGAGACCAUCAGCAGUCACAAAAUUGAGCCCAAAGAACUCCAGAAAAGUACCAUCACUAAAAAUAAUUCUGGUCAAGCGGGCAAAGCAGGUCCGAAAAAAAAAAAGAAAAAAAAAAAGAAACCGCAUGAGGCCACAAACCAAAGGCAGAAGGAUGGCCAACAUUUAGAGAGUGCAGCAACUGGAAAAUCAGAAGACAAUCUUCAACAAAAGCAGAGAAAAUCCAGUUCAGAAGAGGAAAGUCUCAUAGAGAAGAAGAGCACUAUAGGGGGGGAACUCACAGAAGUGAAUAUCAGUUUACCAAAAGAACUUGUCCAAGAGGUGCAGCUACCUCAGAAGAUAAACAUCAACACUUCUGAAGAGCACCAGAAGACAAUGAGCACAAGAGAGAAAAACCAAAUUGUGGCAAUAACUCCCAAACACGUCACAGAUUCAAAGGAGAACUCCAGCUCAGCUCAGAAGCAGACAGCCAGAGCAGAUCUAACACUGAGCAAUUUCCGACCAUUCGAUAAGCAUGAUAUGCACUUCAAAUAUGUGAAAAACCAGGUUCUUAACCCUGAGACAGGCAAGACCGAUCUGAUCACUCCUUGUCAUGAAUACAAAUCAUUUGCUACUGCAGCAAAUUUGGACAGGCCAAAACUUCUGGCAAAACUAAGAUAUGAGACCUUUCGAUUUGCUGCAGCCUGUCUGAACACGAGAACCAAUGGAACCAUACACUUUGGCAUUAUGGACAGUGUGGAAGACAAGGGCUUCACACAUGGACAAAUAGUUGGUAUUCCAAUUACUAAUAAAGACUGGUAUGCAGAUGUAUUAAAUGAUCUGGAUAAGUGCUUUCCCGAAGCAAGUGAAUUUGCAGCUGCAGCCAUGUGUAUUCGCUCCCCUGACUUUAUUGAGGUUGCUGAUGUGAAGUCAGAAGGGAAAAGCUUUGUUGUGGAGGUAGAUAUUGAGCCUCUGUCCAUCACUGUAGAGGGGAAAAUGUUCCGAGUGAGCUUGCCAAAGUUUGAUGAGCAUAAGAAUAAAACCUUUUAUGAAAGGAAAACUAUAUAUGAGAGAAUGGGAACAAAAUUACAGCCAGUUAAAUCAGAGGAGGAAAUCAAUGCAUUAAUUCAGAGGCUGAAGGAAGCUGAUAAGAGGAGAAAGGAAGCAGAGAAGGGUGAUGUCCCUGAAGCACGCAGAUCUGAGAAUUUAGGUAGAAAACUAUCUGUGCUGAUAACAAACGGUAAACAAUACUUUGAUGACACACUCCAGUAUGUACUUGUCACAAACAGGUGCGAGAACCAUCAACUGCAACACCUAAACUUUCUAAAAUACUUGAAAAUCUUGAGUGUUUUUGAUUUUGAUACAGAGUCUGCCAUCAGUGGGCUACACUCCAAGUGUAAAGAAUACCAUUUGACAGAAAUUUACUCCUUGAAGAGCUAUGCCAGUGAGUACGGGAAGAACAUGGAUGACAUUAUUAAUAAUCUGGGGUUCUUCAAGCACACAAGCUGGAUAUUUUGCAAUGGACGGAAUAAUUUCCUUGGGGAAGAUCCACCAUGUGAUGAGCAAUCUUGGAUCAAGGAAAAAAUGAAGCACUUUAAGAAAGCGGUUUCUUUAAUUUGCGAUAAUGUUAAAAGGGGAUGCUUUAUUGUGCUCUUCAUGCUGUUUUCCCCUGUGGAAAAGCCAAUUGUUAAAGCCUUCAAUGAAUUUUAUGAAGAACUGAGCGGUACGGAGUACAUAACUUGUAUCACAGAGUCUGAAGAAUAUUACAAACAAUGGGCUGGCUUGGCACAAGCUACAUGUAGCAGAACAGAACUUGACCAAAGAAGUAUUGUUGGUAUGAAGCUGAGUCAUGUUGAUGCUACAGUUCAAGACAUGAUUCCAGAAAAGGACUUUAACAGAACGUUACCUGUCUCUACAAAAGGAGUCUGUGUUCUUACAAUUCCGAGAGAAGAAAAAAUGAAUUCCCUUAACAUAUUGUGUGUAAACGAGUGUGAAAACACCAACCAUAAGGCCAUAGACCCCAAGAAACUUGAAAGCGAUUUCUAUCGAGGAGGUAAAAUUAGCUGGAAACAUUUGUGGCUUGCUGAGCAGAAGAAAUGCGGUGUGUUUAUUGAGCGCCAGGCCUGUCAGGAAGUUGAGAGUAUGCUAAAUGGCAUCUUAAAUGAAGACACUGUGAAACUUCCUGUAGCACGAAUUAACAUUUUUCACCAGCCAGGCAGUGGAGGGAGCACAGUGGCCAGGCAGAUCCUCUGGAAGAAUAAAAAGAACUUACGGUGUGCCAUAGUCAACUCACGAUACCAAAUUCCAAAGGUGUGUGAACACGCGGUGCAGCUCAGAGAGUAUGAAGAAAGGGACACGAAAAACUGUUUGCCCGUUCUCCUCCUUCUGGAGGACUGUCCCGAUGAGUACAUUGAUGAAUUAAAAAGCAUUCUACAAGAAGCCAUGACUCAUAAAAAAGUGAGACGCGCAAAGACUUGCUUUAUCCUCUUAACGUGUAAACGUUCCAAUGCUCCAGAACAGUUUUGUGCAGCAUCGCCCAGCAACACAGUCGCCAUCACCCACAAGCUCACAGAAAAGGAGAAGUUGUUGUUCAAAGACAAAGCUCAAGAACUUAAUGAAGAUUUCCCUUCUCCUGACCUGAUCAUUACUUUUGUUUUAAUGAGCCAAGAGUUUAAAAAGACGUACCUGGAAGACUUUGUGAAGAAUAUGAUGGAAGAUCUUGACCACCAUUCACCUGUAACUCGUUUGAUCAGAUAUGUUGCAUUACUAAAUAAUUACGUUCAAAAUUCCUUCAUCUCGCUUUCCCAUUGUGAAGUCCUUCUGGGAAUUCAGUCCUUUGUUACUCAAGGCUACAAACAACUGAGCCAAAAUCAUGAUCUCAAUGACUUAAGUGACCAAGCGCUGAUCAUUGAACUCAGGGAUGAAACAACAUUCAUUUCUGCUAUUCGCAUUUUACAUCCGCUAAUCGCAGAGGAAAUUUUAAAUCAGUAUUCCACCCUUUCAUACCCUCAGAGUAAAAUCGCCAUGGAACUACUGAGUGAAAAUGCCGCUCUCAAACAUAGAUUUGCACAACAAGAAUUUGUAACAUUCAUAAAACACUUGUUUUUCCGACGUCACAAGAAAAGUCGUGGUGACAAUGUAGACAGUUUCUUCUCACCACUAAUAGAAUCUGUAUGUAAGGAAGAAAAUGGAACUGAGAUGGCCAUUCAGCUCCUACACCAUGCCUAUGAACAAUUUGAUAAGGAUGCACAUUUUGCACAACAGCUGGCCAGACUCCAUUAUAAAAAACAUAAAUUCGAAGAAGCACAGAAAUGGGUGGAAAUCGCAAAAGCAAAGCUGCCGGAUGAUUCCUAUAUUUUGGACACUGAAGGACGCCUGUACAAGGAAUGGUUUAAUGUAAAAUUAGCCGAAAAUAAGCUGAACCCAAGCUCAGUAGAUGAAAUCAUCCUGAUUGAAUUUGGCCUUAAGUCCAUGGAAAGCUUCCGAACGGCACAGAGAGCUGAAAAUAAUGAGAGAGAUGCAAUCAAUAUGAAUGGAUAUAUGGGAGAAGUCGAUAUGGGAUGCAGCCUGCUAGAGCUGCUAGUAAGAUUAUUUAAAAACAUAAAAAAAGACAAAGCAGAAUUGGUGGAAUACCUCACUAAUGGAAAAUACAUUCCAGAAGAGCUGAAGGAUCCCUGGGCAAAGCUGCACGGUCAUUUAAAAAAUCUGUACCAAAAUAUGUAUGACACUCUGGAGUGGAUUUCAGAAGACGUUGGCUGCUUUCAGGGUGAUAAACUUGAUGUCUCGGAGACAACAAAGAGGAAGGAUGAUCCUGUCAGGAACUGGUUAGUUAAACAGACCAAAAUAUUUGCUGACUAUUUUUGCACUGUAGGCGGGACAAGUUAUUCUGCAUCAGAAGCAGGAAACCCAUUUACCAGGAAGAUGGCAAUUUAUAGCCUAGGAGGUAGCAGUGUAGCAACUAUUCUGUCAUUGCUAUCCAAUUCACGAGGUGAAAGCCCAGUUUCAGCUUUGGAGAAGAUCAUCAACUGCUACCCAAAAAACAUAUCUGAAGACACAGUGGAUGAUGGUGACCUGAUCAGCCUCAUAAUGUGCCAUAUUGCCCUUGGAAGUGUCCAGCCCGAUUCUAAAAAACUUUAUACAUUCAAGAAAUUGCUGGAAAUAAGCCAACGUUUUCUGAAUGAGCGAAAAACAUUUCCUGCAAGUGCCUACUUUCUUAUUUUCAUGCUUUACUGGCCCGAUGAAGAGUUCCUCGCCACACAAUAUGCAAACAAGGGCAAUAUUUUGAAGUUUGCAAUGGAAACAGCUAAACGACUGCACCAGAAGAGAAUUAAAGAUGUCCCAGUCCGUAAGAAAAGAACAAAUGUGCUUUUCUUUCUGGGAAAGGGCCACGGCCUUAAGAAGUUUAUUUUCAGAGGCACUAUUGAAAAGCUUCUAAAUCAUCCAUUAAAUGAACGCACGUUCCGCUUUGACAGUGAUACAAAAGACAGGGAAUUAAUUCAGGACAAGCUAAAAAAAAUCAACGGAUGGACAGAAAACAGGAGAGUGUACACAAAGGGCGCCUUCGGAAAAGGGAAGAUCGAAGUCUUGCCCCUUAACUAUUCAUCGGUUCCUUAUGGGGAUGAAAACGUGACUUUCUACUUGGGAUUCACCUACACUGGAUACGUAACUUACGGGAUCGAAGUUAAUUGACACACAUGAAUAUUAAGGCAUAUCAUA